CAUUCUCGGCCAAUACAACACAUGAUAGAAAACGUUAACAUUCACAUAAUCUUGGAUAAAGUCGUUUGUGUUUGUAUUAAAUGAUACGGUUUGCUGAAGGAGGCGCUAGAAGAGAGGCGUAGUUGAGCCUUGACAGGGCAGGAGGCGAGGUCCGGUUUCUGGUAUAUAUUGCCAAGGGAAGCGUUUUGACCCUUCAGUGCUCACACCUCCGCCAUGAAGAGUGUGCAUAGUGUCCUGAUGGUCGUCGUGGCGGCAGUGGCCGGCCAGAACCCCAACACGACUAACACGACCAACACUCGGAUCGGAGGCUUCCCUGGGUCGACAAUCGGAGGCGGAAUAGGCGUUCCAGGAGGCGGGAUAGGCGUUCCAGGAGGUGUGCUCCUUCCUGGAAACUUUCCUGGAGGUGGUGGAGGCGGUAUCCUUCACGACUAUGGUUUAGACUGCAGUGAGAACAGCCUCAGCCCCCAGACUAGCAACUGUAGGUACUACCUCAGGAACCCCGUCAGUCGUCGCUACUUCUGCACCAGGAAUCAAAAGCCAGCGUACAGGUGUCCUCGGCUACGAGCAGAGUGCCCAGGGACCCGCUUCGGGCCGCCCGUCCAGUGCUUUACGGACAACGACUGCGGACCUCUCGAUAAGUGCUGCUGCGAUGCCUGCCUCGACCACUAUGUGUGUAAGCCUGCGGCCUAGUGCUGCUGGAGGAGGGGAGGAGGACCUAGUGGCCAUAGUCUGUAAUGCUGUCAUGGGGGGCGGUCGUGUCCUCAGGCAUAAAAUCUAUGCCAAUAAAUUUCGUAAAUUUA